CUUCUUUGUUUUACAUUACAGAUGAUACUGCUUUAAAUGGUGUAUCAUUUGCGUAUGUAUAGUUACAGGAGCUGCUCGGUCAGUCAAUGUGUCUGGAGUUAAAGUGUUCAAAUGGAAAUGAAUGUAACCACAACACUUCUCUGUGUAUGACUUUCAGUUUUUUUUCGUGACGUCUCAAAAUAGAAGGUUCAUCUUGCAUGAUUCAGACUGUGUACAUAGUACGACUCAUCAUUUAUGAGCGGAUUCUUCAUACAAUGGAAGAACACGUCCUAGCCGACAGACUGACGGAGAACCCAAUGAAAGAUACCAAAGAAAACGGAACAGUGACGUUUUCCCAGUUCUCCUCCAGCGUACGCACCAUGGUGCGGAUUCGCCAGAAGUACCAGGCCAUCAAGAAACGUCGCAUGGAGAUCGCGACGACGUCUGCGUCCCAGAUCUUCGCAUCUUCACGCUCCUCCAGCCCUAACGUUUUCACGUUUGAUGAUAUUCCCAUCAACAGUAACCUAUCUUCCCCCCGCAAACGGAAGAAACGGAAGGGGCGAGUUCUGUAUCCCAACAACAAUUUGAGAGCCGUACCGACAAAAGAGCGCAGCAAAGCCAAGAAAUGCCUGUACUUGUUGUGCGUAAUUGUCUUUCUACAGAUUUACAAUGCCAUCGAGAACCUGGACGACCACGUGCUCAAGUAUGAUCUAGACGGACUGGAAAAGACUCUUAAAAGAGAAGUGUUCGGCCAACAAGAAGCCACUGAGAGACUUCUGGGUCACUUGCAAGAUUACCUGUCAACCUACGUUCACAAUAAACCUUUGGUUUUGUCGCUUCAUGGACCUACGGGGGUUGGCAAGAGCCAUGUCGGUCGCUUGUUGGCUCAGCAUUUCCGUUCAGUGGUUGGCGACCAGUUAGUGAUGCAAUACUUUGUUCUACACCAUUGCCCAACCGAUGAUGAUAUCCCACAAUGUAUAAAAGCUCUGAGCUUGCAGAUCUCGAUGACGGUCACUCAAGCUGAGGAAGAAGAGAAGAUACCGCUGUUCAUAUUCGAUGAAAUGGAACACAUGCCCGGCGAGUUGAUGGACAUGUUGCACAAUGUCAUUCGACCCCAAAACAACAACGAAUACUUGAACGCAAUCUACAUUCUCAUUGGCAACCUGGGACAUGAUGACAUCACCAAAUUCGUCCUUCACAACUCCAGCGUCUCCGCAUCAGGACCCUUGAGCUUGACUCAAGAACUGACCCCAUGGCUGCGCAACUACCUGCACGGGUACCACCAGAUAUUUCUAGAAGUGGAAUUAAUACCCUUCACGCUUUUAGAGAAAAGCCACGUCAUGGACUGUUUUACAGACGAGAUGUCCAGAGAAGGAUUUUAUCCCGACCGCUCGCACGUAGAAAGACUUGCGGAGGAACUUUCUUAUUAUAUCGUGGGCGAGCUGGAGUUCUCUCGUAGCGGAUGCAGGCAGGUUGUGGCGAAGGUGAAUCUUCUCUGAUCCUCCGAGUCUGCUGUGCAGAUGGAAUAUGACUCAGACGGGAGACUUUGUGUUUUGGCUUAAUGAUGGUCAUUUCAUUCAAGAUUUUUAUAGUUGAAAAAUGCAAACAAAUGACAUGAAGUAUUUUCUCACUCAUAAUGUGCACUGUGAAGUGGAUCUAUGAUGUUCCACGAGAAAUAACACAAAACAACGCAACUUUUUCUUUUUCAUUUAUUGGAAUCUCUCAUCUUUCAAGUUGGACAGAAUGAGGUUUCAGCAAAGAUAAGAGUCAAAUGUGUGUUCAUAGUAAGUGCUUUGGUGAAACAGAAGGAAUGAAUGUAAAUCUGAAUAUCAUUCAUAAAUCCAUUCUUGCAUAAUCUGUGGCAUUCAUUUCAAUCGGACUACGAGAGAAUCCGUUUAUGAACGACAUGUGAACAAGAUGUCAGUUUACGUAUCAAUGUCUGUGAUCACACAGCGAAGGGAUCGUUCACUCAAAAAAGAAAAUUCUUACAUCAACUACUCAUCAUCAUGUCAAACCUGUAAGACUUUCUUCUGCAGAACACAAAAGAAGAUAUUUUGAAGAACGUCAGCAACUGAAAAACGUGAAACCUCGUUUGACUUUCUUUACAAAUCUUUAUGAUUUUAUUUCUUCUGUGGAACACAAAGAAAGAUAUUUUAAGUCAGGAUGGCCAAUAAAUGAUGUCUGAAUUUUC